CAUCGUCAAAAUGAAUUCAAUACUUCAGAAUCUAGAAGACCCAAACCGGCCUUUCUUAGGUCCUAAUUACUGGAUCAUAAAGAACAUGGGUCUAUUGUUACCCAAAAAUUUGCUGGCUAAAAUCCUUUACAUCAUAUUACAUGAAAUAGUCGCGUUUUUUGUAAUAACUCAGUAUAUGGAGUUGUACGUUAUAAGAACAGAUCUGGAUCUCGUGUUGACUAAUAUGAAGAUUUCAAUGUUAAGCGUCGUCUGUAUCGUGAAAGUGCAUAGCUUCAUUUUCUGGCAGAAACACUGGCAUGAUGUCUUGGACUACGUCACAGCAGCUGAUAAGUUCGAAAGACAAAGCGAUGAUCCUAUCAAGAGCAGAAUUGUUGAGACAUACACAAGAUACUGCCGUCGUCUCACAUACUUCUACUGGGUUUUGGUUUUUACAACAUUCCUAACUACAACUGGCACGCCUCUCAUGAGAUAUCUUUCGUCGUCCACUUUUAGGCAAAAUAUGCGAAAUGGAACUGAACCGUUUCCGCACAUCUUUAGCUCCUGGAUGCCUAUAGAUAAAUAUCAUUCACCUGGUUGUUGGAUUACAGUACUGUGGCAUACACUGUUAUGUGCUUACGGGGCUGCUAUUAUGGCGGCUUAUGAUACAUGCAUCGUAGUCAUCAUGGUGUUCUUUGGAGGGAAACUGGACCUGCUGCGAGAGAGAUGCAAGCAAAUGUUUGGCCCGUCUACGAUCAGUGACAGACAGUGCGAAGAAGUGGUGCGGCAGCUUCAUGGGAUACAUGUCAUGAUGUUGAAGUAUUCAAGAUUAUUUAAUUCGCUGUUAUCACCUGUCAUGUUCUUUUACAUGGUUAUGUGCUCGCUAAUGCUUUGUGCGAGUGCCUAUCAACUUACUUCUGCACAAAAUGCUGCACAGAAGCUAUUGAUGGCAGAAUAUCUAAUUUUUGGAAUUGCACAACUUUUCGUAUUCUGCUGGCACAGCAACGAUGUCUUGAUCAAAAAUGAAAACAUGACGUCAGGGCCCUUUGAAAGCAACUGGUUUCUAGCAAACUAUAGACAAAGAAAAGACGUGUUAACUCUAUCGGGACAGCUUUGCAUUAAAAACAUUUUUACUGCGGGGCCCUUCGCCAACCUCACUUUGCCGACCUUCAUCAAUAUACUGAAAGGAGCUUACAGUUAUUACACACUGCUGAGAAAAUAGUUUUCUUUUAUAGGCGCAUUUUUACUGUAGGCACUUAGUAAAUUGGAAUUUGAAAAUGGUAGAAUAACAAUAUUGUCAUUCAUCGGUAUUGGAAAAAUA